CAGAUUUACAACCAAAGACGCUUCCAUUUGUCUUCAUUUCAUCCCCCCCUUUUUUUAAUUUAAUUUAAUUUUUCUUUUUCGGCUCGAAGUUUUUUGACCCGAUUCUAUUUGCAGUGGGGUCGGAUAUACCAGCCACGGCGAGAGGGGAGAGGGAGGAGGAGUAAAGGGGUUUCGGCCGGCGGCGAGGAUCCUUCGCCGUUGAAUUCGACACGGCCGCGCACCGUCUAUCUUAAAUGAACCUUGAAUUAAGAUGGAAACUAUUUCUGGGUUGACGGCAUGUUGUUCAGGCUUAGUCCAUCCAAAACUACCAUUCCAGAUUUGGAAAUGUAACAGAAGCACACCUAGAGAUUCCAAGGCCAUCCCACUGGUGUCUAACAAGCAGAUUCCUAGAGCAAAGAUUCAUUAUUCGCUUGCAGCAUGUACCUCCACCAAAUAUGUCUCCUAUGCAGGGAGAAAUCAUCAUAAUUUGAGUUCUGGUGAUGACUUCCUUGAGGAGCCAUUUUGGUUAACUUUGAUAAAAGAAGCUAUUUGGACCUUGAAAUCCUUAUUUCUCUUCCUGCUUGAGCAGCCUAGCCAACUGAAGUACAUAGAGUGGCCUGGCUUCCAGAGCACGCUGAAAACAGCUUCUCUUACUCUGGUUCUUGUGGCGCUUCUUAUAGUCGCACUGGCAUCGGUUGAUUCUGCCCUCUGCUAUCUUCUGGCUUUGCUUAUACGUAAAGCCACCCCCUGAGCAGCAGUAGUGGUUCCUGAAGAAGCUGCACUGCACUGCACUGCCCUUCCCUGCCCUGCCUUGAGUCAUCUAAUUUGCUGGCUGCUGAAUCUUUCUGGUCGAUAAUGUAUUAUUAUGCCAGCCAAACACUUAGGCUUUGGGUACUCCAGUUGUAUGUAUCUGUCUCUAUCCAUCUUUCUUUGUUCUUUAUUCUGUGCUAUUUUAUAUUUUUAUUCUGUAAGCUGAUA